AUGCCUACCGCCGCCCAGACGAAUAUCGAUUACACGUUAUUGAACUCGCCUAGUGUGCCGCAGGACAACCUGACUAGCUCACUUGCCAGUAUGUGUAUAGUUUCUCAACCCAGUACUCAUCAUUCAGCUAACACUAUAGUUCGCGAUUCUUUUACAACGCCUCUUGUUUGUACAGGAGCUGUGCCGAAAACUAUCCCAGUUACUACGUCGAGAAGAACAACCGACUGCAACCAACGGUUCGGUUUAAGUGCGCCAGCGUCUCGGGUUGGUUUUGCUCAAAGUUUUAUGUUACCGACAUCGGUAGUUUCUACUACAUAUACCGGCAAUGGGUGCUACAAUAGGGAAAAACAGACAUCCACGGGCCUUCCAGAUUAUUCGAAUAUAAUCCCGAGCAUCGCGCCAGCUUCAUAUUCACUACCAGCAAACGUCGCUAAACCUCCGGCACGCCCAAACAUCCCCGUACCAACUGCCACGCCGAAUGAAAUUAGAAAUCCAGCCUUGGAAUACGCGCAGCACUACGCCUAUCCUUCGCCCCCAGUACAGAUAGUGGCAAGGGAACUACCCGUUUUUUCUGGCGACCCCGAGGAUUGGCCUCUCUUCUACAGCGCGUUCAAGAACACCUCCCAAGCUUAUGGACUUUCGGACGCUGACAACACGAUACGCCUCCAACGAUGCCUUCGAGGAAAUGCAUUGGAAGCAGUUCGGAGUAAGCUGCUUAUUCCCGCCGCGUUACCGAUGGUGAUAGAAACACUCAGACAGCUGUAUGGUCGUCCUGAAAUUUUGGUUCACUCUUUGAUACGAAAAGUAAGAGACGCUCCUGCACCCAGAUCAGACAAAUUGGAAUCUCUGAUAUCGUUUGGCUUGAUCGUACAAAACCUCAAGGACCAUCUCGAGGCGGCACAACAACAGGCACAUUUAAACAAUCCUACGCUUCUAUUCGAGCUAGUGGAGAAACUUCCGGAUAAUUAUAAAAUGGACUGGGCAUUAUAUAAGCAACAGUAUGAAGUAGUAGAUUUACGCCACUUUGCUCAGUAUAUGUCAGUCCUGACCAAGGCAGCUAGCGAUGUCACUAUACCUGCAGGAAUUCGUUCAUCAUACGGAUCAAAAGCGAUUAAGAACAAGGAGAGGCAUUUUGUCUACGCUCAUGACAUCAGCGAGGAAAAUGAAGGAGUUAAUUCGGAUCAAAAACUGCACAUGUUGCACACGCAACCAGAAGAAAAAGGCUGUAAAAUAUGUUCGAGGAUGGGGCAUAAGGUUCGAGAUUGUGAGGAGUUCCGGAAAUUGGAUGUUAACGAACGUUGGGAACUCGUGAACAACCUCUUUUUGUGUCGCAACUGCCUCUUCCAACACGGCCGCCGACCUUGCAAGUUGAAAAAGGUGUGUGGCGUACAGGGUUGCCAGUUUAAGCAUCACUCGCUUCUUCAUGUUUCCGGGGAACAGGCACCCCCUUCGAGCACAUCUGCUACGGCAAACUAUCAUCGACUGGAAGGACGUCCUUCGCUUUACCGCAUACUCCCCAUAACUCUACAUAGCCCAGCGAGGUCAAUAAAGGCGUAUGCAUUCCUGGACGACGGGUCGUCAAUAACGUUGAUAGAGAAUAGCAUCGCUGAUGCAUUAGAGCUGGAUGGAGCUGCAGGUCGCCUGUGUCUUUCAUGGACCGCUGACAUUACGCGAGACGAGCCGAAUUCAAAAUGGGUAUCCCUGGAAGUAUCCGGAGAAUCUAACUCCCGACGUUUUCCUCUGACAAACAUUCGCACCGUACAGAAGCUGUCGCUUCCGGUACAAACUUUGAAAUUCAAACAAUUAUCUUCUCGUUUUCCACAUUUGGCUGGACUUCCGGUGAGUGACUAUGAUGAUGCUAUUCUACAGAUAUUAAUUGGGAACGACAAUGCUCAUCUAGCGGUAGCGCUCAGAAGAAGCGAAGGAAAAUUCGGCGAACCAAUUGCGACCAGAUGCCGUCUGGGAUGGGUGAUUCAUGGACCUGUUACGUAUCAUCCUCAGUCGGUAAAUAACUUCAGUCUGCACAUUUGUAAUUGUUCCUCUCAACUUGAAGAUCUCCAUAAAAUCGUCAAACAGUCAUUUACAUUUGACAGCAUUGGAAUCUCAAAUCACUGUGAUCUUGAAUCGGCGGAAAAUCAACGAGCACGUGACAUAUUGGAAGCGACGACUAAGAAAGUAGGGGCAAGAUUCGAAACUGGUCUUUUAUGGAAGUAUGACAACUUCGAACUUCCCGACAGCUAUAACAUGGCUCUUAAAAGAAACCGGUGUUUGGAACGAAGGAUGAAGGCUGAUCCGAUUAUUGGAGAAAGUGUUGCAAGACAAAUAAUGGAAUACCAGCAAAAGGGCUAUUUGAUCAAGGCGAAACCUGCGGAGCUUAAAGCAGCGGACCCACGUCGAGUUUGGUAUUUGCCGUUGGGUUUCGUGGUCAACCCAAAAAAGCCCGGUAAGGUGAGGAUAUUCUGCGAUGCUGCUGCGAAGGUCAACGGAAUAAGUUUGAAUACGAUGUUGCUCAAGGGACCGGAUCUUCUAGUACUUCUUCCCAAGAUACUGAGUGGGUUUCGCGAACGUAAAAUUGCCGUGUGUGCCGAUAUACGCGAGAUGUUCCAUCGUGUAUUUAUUCGAGACCAAGACGUACAGGCGCAGAGAAUUUUGUGGCGAAGUGACCCGGACAAAGAGCCAGAGACUUAUUUCUUGAAGGCAGCUACUUUUGGAGCUGCAAGUUCACCAUGUUCCGUCCAAUAUGUUAAGAAUCUAAACGCUCGACAACAUGCUGAAGAAUAUCCAGAUGCGGCAAUAUCUAUAAUUGAGCGACACUACAUGGAUGACUAUCUGGAGAGCUUCGACAGUCCAGAAAAGGCCAUUGAGAGAGCACUUGAGGUAAAACUCGUACACGCAAAGGCCGGCUUCGAGAUCCACUCUUGGUCGUCGAACUCCACCGAAGUUCUGGAAGCAGUUGGUGAAAAGGACCCUUCGGCAGUUAAAAAAAUCGAUGCAGGUGAUUCAACUCAGACCGAAAGAAUAUUGGGUAUGCUGUGGUUACGGAAGGAAGACGCAUUUACAUACUCAUCGAAUCUGGGACAUGUCCCGGAAUGGCCGACCAAGCGAGAAGUCCUUCGUGUGGUCAUGUCUCUUUACGACCCGUUGGGCCUACUCUCCCAUUUCACCAUACACGGACGAGUCCUGAUCCAGGAUGUUUGGCGCAGCAAAAAGGCGUGGGACGAGAAGGUUCCUGAGGAACUUCAAAUCCGGUGGCUACAAUGGGUCUCUCUAUUCAAUCAACUCAACCUGAUAAGGAUUCCUCGACAGUACUUUCCAUCGCGGAAUACUGCCGAGAUUGGUUUGCUUCAGCUUCACGUCUUCGUAGAUGCAAGCGAAUCUGCCUACGCUUGCGCCGCAUACUUGCGAUCCGAAUUUCACGAUAAGGUGUCGUGUGUAUUAGUAACCGCUAAAUCCCGAGUCGCACCGCUCAAAACAGUGUCGAUACCCAGAUUAGAGCUCCAGGCUGCAGUGGUUGGAAGCAGAUUGAUGGAGUAUGUGGAGCAGACAUGCUCAUUAAACAUCUCGCGAAGGAUCGCAUGGACAGAUUCUCAAACUGUAUUAGCGUGGAUCAACUCAGAUGUAAGGAAAUAUAAUCAAUACGUAUCUUGCCGAGUGGGAGAAAUUCUCGAAAAAACGAAUGCCAGUGACUGGAGAUGGGUGUCAUCUAAGCAUAACGUAGCAGAUGAGGCCACCAAGUGGGGAUCAGGGCCAGACUUGUCGUCGGGUAGUAGGUGGUGGUCGGGUCCUAGUUUUCUCUACGACGUCGAAGAAAAAUGGCCAACACAACAUCCGAAACAUACGGACCCUAACACAGAACUGAAGAUACGUAAACCAGAAAUCAUCACCGUUCAUCACGUAACCCAUGGCAAUCUUCUGGACAUCAAAUGGGAACGUUUUUCCCAAUGGAAUAGACUUGUUCACGCUCUAGGAUAUGUUCAUCGUUAUUUCAACAUUGUUCUCUGCAAAGCCAAAAAACUAACAAAUCCAAACAUUAUCUUUGGCAGAGACGAAUACCUGGCGGCCGAAAGACUGAUAUUUCGCACUGUACAAAAGGAAACGUAUCCAGAAGAAAUAGAGGUUCUAGUGCAAAGUUCUCCUAAAGAUGAUCGGACAUUGAAACGUAAUAGCCCUCUGGCCAAACUCUCGCCUUUUCUCGACGAGCAUGGAAUAAUGCGGAUGGAGACGAGAAUCAGCGCCGCUGCGUUCCUAUCGUACGAAACUAGAAACCCUAUAAUACUUCCGCGAGAUCAUCGAUCAACCAAGUUACUUGUACUAUGGUACCACGCAAAGUCUUUACAUCAAAACACCGAUACUGUUAUCAAUGAAGUGAGACAAAGAUUUCACGUUCCAAGACUAAGAUCUUUGCUACGCCAAGUCCAAAAGGAAUGUAUGCACUGUAACGUCUACAAAAUUAAGCCUGUUGUUCCACGAAUGAGCCCACUUCCCACCGCUAGACUAGGAGCUUUCUUCCGUCCGUUUUCGUUUGUAGGCCUCGAUUAUUUUGGACCUUUGACUGUGAAAAUUGGCCGCAGCACCGUAAAACGAUGGGUAGCAUUAUACACAUGCUUGACUAUUCGAGCAAUACACCUCGAGGUUGUGCAUUCUCUGACAACGAUUUCGUGCAAAAUGGCCAUGAGGCGGUUUGUCGCUAGAAGAGGAUCCCGAUAG